AUGGAAACGGAGACGGAGGCGGAGGAGAUUGACUCGCCGGAGGUGAAGCGGGUGAGGGAGGAUCUGCUGGACGAAAUCGACGAGGAUUCCGAUCUCCGCACUUCCUUCCACGAGCUCGACUCAUUCAUGAAGAGCUUCGAGGAGGAAAUCACUGAAGGAAUCAUCGAAUUGGCGUCGGAUUCCGGUGAAUCGCGACCGGAUCUAGGCUAUCUGCUCGAGGCAUCGAACGAUGAGCUAGGGAUUCCACCCCCGGCGGCGUCUCCGGCGAGGAAGGAGCUGGUGACGGUCGAAUUGCAGCGGCGAUGA